UAAAGCUUGACAUGUUAAUCUCAUCAAGUAUCUAUUGUGGCUCACAACGUAAUGGUUGAAGAGUUGAGCGCUGACUCACAGUCAGAUCCCCCACUACAGCUGGUCCAAAUCUCACACCCAAAAUCUCCCACAAGAUCUGUUUCUUGCAACCAACGGUUUCCACUCUCUCUCUCUCUCUCUCUCUCUCUCUCCUCCAUUUAUAUAUAACCCUUACCCCUGGUACAUCACCUCAUAUAUACACAUAAACCAACUGGAGUUCUCAGAAGAUACUAGCAAUUUACUUCCCGAGAAACCACAAUGGUGAAGGCGGCCAUGGAGUUGGGAACCCAUCAAAAAAACCGACCCCUCAAUCCGAUAAACAACACCAAAGCGCGACGAUUGACUUACCUGAAACGAAAAGACUGCAUCAAGAAGAAAACAAUGGAGCUCGGGAUCCUCUGCGGAACGGACACCUGCACCAUCAUUCUAGGCCCAGACGGAGAGGUCGAAACGUGGCCGGAAAACCAGACCCAAGUUAAAUCGAUCAUCAGGAAGUACAGAGAGUGCGGCAAGAAAUCGGCUCUACCCACCAGUGAGAAAACUAAUCCCAAUGUGGGUUUAUUGGGUUGGGAUGAUGAUUGGGUUAGUGGGUUAUCAGUUGGGGAGUUGUGGAGUUUGUUGGGAGAUUUGGAUUUGAAAUUGGAGGCAGUGGAAAACAGAGUAGGGCUUUUGAACGUGCUGAAUAAGGAACAGGGGAAAAACAGAGUAGGGUUUUUGAAUGUGCUGAAUAAUGAUGAACAGGGGAAUGGACUUGAUUUUCCCCUUAAUUACUGGCCUAUGGAACAAUCAGUUGAGCCAUUGGUUUCUGGGUAUCCUUGUUUUCCACUGAAUGCGCAGCCCUCGAGUUUCUAUGGCGUCUUGGAUCACCAGUUUGUUCCAGUGGCUGAGAAUCAUCUUCAACCUUUUUCAAUGGAUGAAACCCUUCUGGGCCUGGGGAAUGGGUUUCUGGUGGAACCGGUCGGGACGCCGUCCGGUGAAGCAUUGGUCAGCUUUGAUGGAGAUUCAUAUCAGAAUGUUGGAAACUAUGCUAAUGAUUAUACCCAAAAGUUUAUUCCUAGGGAUGAAUUUUAUUCCCAAAUUUCGCCACUGGCCGAAGCCCUAUUGGGAACGUCGUACGGAAAUCCAACGCAGUUCGUGGAUAAUGAGUUUGGUGAAGGGGCCGCCGCAGCAUUCAACUUCAACAACUGUUCUUCUCAUUGUUCUCAAGGGGAAUUGCAGUUAUGGUAGAGGGUGGAUACGAAGCAAUGAUUUAUUAUGUGACUGUUUUUAUGCCCAAAUUUUGUGUAGUGAUUUGAUGUUCGCUAUGUAUCGACUCUUUGAUCAAUCUGAAGAUUGAAGGAGGCAUGUGAAGACAUGGUAGAGGGAGGACCGAUGUUAACCGACGGUCUGAUUGAGUAUUGUUUUCCGGUUUUUGAAAUUUUCUCCUUAGUUUUUGUUUCGUAGUAAUUUGUAGCUUCUGGUAGUGGAAAGUUAAAUUCUUGAAAA